AUGGUUGGAGGGCACCUUGACAUAUUGCAUAGAAAGUUAACUAGAGGACUUGGAGGAGUUCUUAGAGAACAGAGAGGACGACUUUAUAUUAUUAGAAGAUGUGUAGUUAUGCUUCUCCGUUGGCAUGAUUGA